GACAAUUCAAGGCAGCAGAAGAACGAACGAAGGAAGAUGGUUUUAAGAGAAGGAGACAGAGAGGCUGAGAUGGUGGGAGCUUAAAGCUUAAUCACCCCCCAAAUUACCUUCUUCUUCUUCUUCUUUUUCUUCUUCUUUUCUGUUUUUCGUUUGCCCUCUCAAAUCGCUGCAAAUGGCUGCUGCUACUCCUGACUGCCAUUGAUUACUCUCUCUCUCUCAGUACAUUCUCUCUUUUGUCUCUUUGUCGGGGCAUGGAAGAAGAGCUUGCCAUGCUCAGACAGCUCAUCGGCCAGCUUCAAGAGCUCUUGCACAACGGUUCUCCUCCUCCUCCUCCUCCUUCACCUCCCUCCUCGUCUUCCCCGUCGUUUUUAGUUCUCCACAACCCUCACUAUCAGAACCGAUGGUGUCUGCCCUUUAUUGAGGAAACUUCUUCUGAUGAUUGUUGUGAUAUUGUAAUGGCUGCUGGAAAGAGGCCUGGGAUCUUCAAGAUGUUAGAGACUGUCAAGAAACCUGUCAAGCGAUCUCGAAAAGAAAAGAAUCAAGGAAAAUCAUGUACAACGGGAGGAGAUGACACUAGUGGAAACAUGGAUCAAGAAAUCUGGCAGGAGUUUCCAAGAGAUCUCUUUGAAGCUGUUGUUUCCAGACUACCGAUUGCUACUUUUUUCCAGUUCCGCUCAGUUUGCCGAAAUUGGAACGCUCUUAUCGAUUCAGAUAGCUUCUCCCGUUGCUGCAAUGAGCUUCCUCAGACCAUCCCAUGGUUCUACACCAUAACUCACGAGAAUGUCAACUCGGGACAAGUGUACGACCCUUCUCUGAAGAAAUGGCACCAUCCGAUUAUCCCUGCACUACCAAAGAAGAGUAUAGUUUUGCCAAUGGCUUCUGCGGGAGGUCUAGUGUGCUUCCUAGACAUUGGUCACCGGAACUUCUACGUGAGCAACCCGCUGACCAAGUCUUUCAGAGAGUUGCCAGCUAGGUCGUUUAAGGUCUGGUCUCGUGUCGCUGUGGGAAUGACUAUGAAUGGAAACUCCACCAGUGAUGGGUAUAAAGUCCUGUGGGUUGGAUGUGAAGGAGAGUACGAAGUCUAUGAUUCUCUGAGAAAUGUGUGGACCAAAAGAGGGACCAUCCCGUCCAACAUAAAGCUCCCUGUACUGCUAAACUUUAAGUCACAGCCCGUGGCUAUCCACAGCACACUGUACUUGAUGUUGACAGACCCUGAAGGGAUAUUGUCUUACGACAUGGUCUCAGGGAAAUGGAAGCAGUACAUCAUACCGGGACCACCACACCUGAGCGAUCACACGCUAGCAGAGUGCGGUGGGAGGUUGAUGCUGGUGGGUCUUGUGACGAAAAACGCUGCCACGUGCGUUUGCAUAUGGGAGCUGCAGAAGAUGACACUGCUGUGGAAGGAGGUUGACAGAAUGCCAAACAUAUGGUGCUUGGAGUUUUACGGAAAGCACAUUAGGAUGAAUUGUCUGGGCAACAAAGGUUGUCUGAUAUUGUUGUCCUUGAGGUCCAGACAGAUGAACCGUCUGAUAACUUACAAUGCUGUUACUAGGGAAUGGACCAAGGUCCCUGGCUGUACCGUUCCUCGUGGGAGGAAAAGACUUUGGAUCGCUUGUGGAACUGCGUUUCAUCCUUCCCCUACAGCUAGGGCUUGAUCCUCUCUUCUCUUCUCUUCUCUUGGUUCAGUUUUCCUUUUGGAAUCCCACACGCGGUUGGUUUGUUUCUGUUGUUUGAUUUUUGUUUUGAUUUUCGGGACUGUAAUAUAUACGAAACGUUCGUGUUGUAAUAACGAAACUCAGGUUGUGUGAUAACUUACUUACUCGGAACUUCUUGGAACUGUGAAGAAUCUCUCAUAAAAUUUGAGUAAUUU